GAGAGCGCGCACGUAGCUGUCAGUAGGAAAUGCAGGCUGUUCGUGUUGGAUGCUGUCCCGCCGCUGUUUGGAUAAAAUAACCACAAAAGGGUCGUUUCACUUCACAAUGAAGAGCCUUACCUAGACCUGGCUUUGCUUUGGGUGAGAAUGGCUGCAGCGAGUCGGCUUUCCUGACUGAGGCAUCAGCUCGGCUAACAGAAACAACACUAACAGCGCCGAUGCUAACAGCAGGCUAAAGCAAGCUAACUUCUUUAGCCCACAGACUGCAGGACGUUAGCUCAUCUCACUGCUCGCCCGCCGGCUUCAGCGGCUCCGCUAACUCUCGUCGCGUGUUCCCCGUCAAAACGGAGGAGGUUGCGGAACUAAACCCAAAGCUGUGGCGGGGGGUGGGGGGACGCGUCUGCACGAAACCCCUGGCUCUCCAGGCGGACGGAUCGCAGUGACACGCCGGCUGUCGAGAUCGUAGUGGAACAAUGGCUGAGCUGUUCACCUUGUCUCCAUCCCCACCUCCGCUGGGUGAACCUCAUGCAGCUCCGCCCRUUCUUUCACCUCCACCAGUGCCACCUGCUUCCAGCAAACCUACCUCCGAGUCUAUCAAAGAGUCGCCCGUGCCCAAGUCUUCCCUUUACAACGAUAAAGCCUUGACUGGAAGCACCCCGGCUGCAUUCUCGGGAGGUUCGCCCUCGACUCCCAAUCAGUCCAGAAGUCCCRCACAAGCUGCGUCUCAGACCUGCCCCCCACCAAUGGUACAGAAAGCUGCUUCUCAAACAGAGGAACCAGCAGGGARUAAAACAGAGACUGGAGUUAAUAAGCUGGAGACGGAGGCCGGUGACCGAGCUGUUGCAGAACACUUGAGUACAGGAAAUGAACCCUCAGCUCAGAGAACAGGAUCUCCAGAUCUAAACCCUGGUCCUAAUCAGGACGUCAGCCCUAACCCUGUCAUGGAUGAUGGUCGGUUAAACCAAACGAGUGUGGAUUCCAACCCCACACCCCCAGCUUCAGCAGCUGAUGUGGAGACACCUCAGCCACUCCAACAAGCACAAAAACCUCAACCUGAACCUCCUGCUCCGUUGUCCCCAAAGCCUGACGCCUCGAGUCAAGCCAGGAAGGAAGAGCGGCCCCCUACGCCGAGUAGAGCCGGCCAGUGUAGCCCUACUGUGCCUCUGAUCCAYGAGCCCACCAUCCUCUUCCCGAACCCCAACCGAAAGCCGGCCCCCGACAACCUCAGCUAUCUAGAAUCAGCCAGCCUGAUGUCGGGAACGUUGGAGUCCCUGUCUGGACUGGGAGAAGAUGGGAGCUCUAUCGGCUCAGACUCGGAGAUCAACGGUCUCACCAUCAGGCGCACUGAUAAAUACGGCUUCUUGGGUGGGAGUCAGUACAGCGAGGGGAGCGACAAGGAAGUUCGAGUUGAAGUUGCCAGGCAGAGGGAGAUGAAAUGGAUCGACAUGUUCAGCCACUGGGAUAAAUGGAUCAAACAUCGCUUCAUGAAGGUGAAGCUGCGCUGCAGGAAGGGGAUUCCCUCGUCCCUCAGGUCCAGAGCCUGGCAGCUGCUGUCCGAUAGUGAGGAGCUUUUAAUGGCCAACCCUGGGAAAUUUGAGGAGCUGGAGAGAGAGCCGGGGGAGGCCAAAUGGUUGGACAUYAUAGAGAAGGAUCUUCACAGGCAGUUCCCCUUUCAUGAGAUGUUUGCUGCUCGUGGUGGUCAUGGACAACAGGAUCUUUACAGGAUCCUGAAGGCCUACACCAUCUACCGGCCUGACGAGGGCUACUGCCAGGCCCAGGCUCCGGUGGCCGCCGUGCUGCUGAUGCACAUGCCUGCAGAGCAAGCUUUCUGGUGCCUCGUCCAGAUCUGUGAGAAAUAUCUUCCUGGUUACUACAGCGCCGGGCUGGAAGCGAUUCAGCUCGACGGCGAGAUCUUCUUCUCUCUGCUGAGGCGCACGUGUCCCAUGGCGUACCGCCACCUGAAGAAGUUCAAGAUCGACCCGAUCCUCUACAUGACCGAGUGGUUCAUGUGCAUCUUCUCACGCACGCUACCCUGGUCCUCCGUCCUGCGUGUGUGGGACAUGUUUUUCUGCGAAGGAGUGAAGAUAGUUUUCCGUGUGGGCUUGGUGCUGCUCAAACAGAUGCUGGGCUCCGUGGACAAACUCCGGGAGCUCCAGGGCAUGUACGAGACCAUGGAGCGUCUCAGGAACAUCUCACCUGACACGAUCCGAGAGGACGUGCUGGUCCAGGAGGUCGUGUCGCUCCCUGUGACUGAGGCUCUCAUCGAGAGGGAGUGCAGCGUCCAGGUGAGGAAGUGGGGGGAGUCCAGGGGGGAGCUGAUGCACCAGCCCGCCCGCCGCUUCCACGGUACRAGAGCCAUCUACGAGUACAAGCGCCGCGCCGCCGCCAUCAGCUCGGGCGGCAGCCUGUCGUUCCUYGGAAGCUCCAUCCCGCCGCCGGGACCCCUCCGGGCUUCCUCCAGCCUGCUCUCGCUCCCUGGCUUCCGUAAGUCUAAGGCUCCUUUCCAGACCCAAGCUAAGAAAGGCUCCUUUUCCAGCGUUUCGGGAAUGGAAGCCCCGCCUCCUCGAGCUCCGCCUGCAAGCUCGAGCCGAGGCCCCGCCCAGAAACCGCCCAUUCCUCCAGGCCAGAAGCCGACGACACCCCACGUUCAGAGCCCCUUAGCCGGGGGUGCAGCCGGGUCAGCCCAAGAGCCCCACCCCGCUGCAGAGGGCGCCUCGGCUCCGAGCCAGACUCCUCCCCCGGCUCCUCCCCCAGCUGCCCCGCCCAACACCUUGUCCCCCACCCCCGUCAUCGUCUCCGAGCACAUCACCCCCUCCAUCCCGUCUCCCACCGCCAACAACGCCCCCCUGCAGCCGUGCCCGGAGCCCCCGAGGGAAGCGGCGCCGUCGGCCUCCUCUGAGGACGACGGGAAGAAGAAGAAGAGGAGCAAAGAAGACAAGAAGAAGGAGAAGGAGGACGAGAAGAAAAAGGUGAAAGAAAAGAAGGAGAAGGAGAAGGCUGAGAAGGAGAGGGCCAAGAAGGAGAAGGAGAAGCUAGAGAAAGAGAAAAAGAAAGGGAGCAAGAAAAAA